UAAGUAUUAGCGGACCUCGCUCUAACCACGAAAAAAGAAAAACGUCAUAGAAAAAAAAAAAGAAACCAAGAAAAACUAUAUACGCAAACCCAUCCGAUCUCAGGCAGCACCCGAACUAUCUACGUGAUAUCGCUGCGCAUCUAUUUACCAUCCCCCCUCUCUACAACCACAGUCGACCUCCACCGACUCCACAACAAAAAAAGUUCCACCUAAAUUUUUUUUAGCUCUAAGCCACUGUUCACCAACACUCUAACACAUGUUCGAUAACAUUGUCCCUCCGUCUGUUCCACCUAUCCAAGGCGACAACUACUCAGCUCAGGCCGGCUGCUUUGAAGGCCCUGAGAAACUAUUGGAGAUCUGGUUUUCUCCUUCUCCUUAUCAUUUGGCUCGUCACCAAAAACUCGGUCACUAUGAUGAAUCCGAGUAUGAACUUUCCGAUGAUUCAGCUCCGCACUCCCCCACCAAAUCCAGCAGUGACCUUAGUGAGGAUGGUGACUCGAGCAGGUUCAGUCCUGAGCCUAUUCGCCGUGAACACGGUAAAUACAAUGCCUAUGAGAUGGGAUUGCGUACGAUUUCCAAGAAUGUCUGGGAUGAUAUGCUCGCCAUUGUGAAGUGCACUGUGCUCAACGUCAUCAAGAAUGAACAUGUCGAUGCGUACUUGCUCAGUGAAUCGUCCAUGUUUGUUUAUCCCCACAAGUUGAUCCUCAAGACUUGCGGCACAACCACCUUGCUGAUGGCUCUGCCUCGCAUUUUGGAAUUGGCCAAAGAUCUUUGCGGUUUCGAAAAGGUUUGGCGUGUGUUCUACUCUCGCAAAUCUUUCAUGUUCCCUGAUCGUCAAUGCGGCCCUCACCGUUCAUGGCAUGAUGAAGUCAGCUAUCUAGACACUCACUUUGAGAAUGGAUCUGCCUACAGAAUCGGAACCAAUGCAAAGAACCAUUGGUAUUUGUACCUCACAUCACCCGCCGAUGAUGUUCUUGCUCAUGAUAGCAACAACAACGACGAUGAUGAUACCGUUGAAUCUGGAACUGUCACUCCCAAUCACCAAAGAUAUGAAAGUGGAACAUCGACCCCGGCUACCUCGGAUACGGAAAGUGAUCCCUCUCCCUUUGGCAAUUCCGGAUAUCCACAGCAGGAUCAAACGGUGGAAAUCCUCAUGACUGACCUUAACCCUGAAGCUAUGAAGUUGUUUUAUCAAAUGAACGAUGAACCAACUGGUAUCGCGGGCGGAAAGCGGGUGGAUGACACCACAGGCAUAGGCAACAUUUACCCUACCGCCAAGUUGGACUCCUUUUUAUUUGAACCCUGUGGCUAUUCGGCCAAUGGGUUGUGGGAAGGCGCCUAUUUCACCAUCCACGUCACCCCUGAACCCCAAUGCUCUUAUGCGUCCUUCGAGACCAAUAUCCCCUGUGAGGUUUCUCACCCAGCAAAGGCUGCCAGCAACGGAUCAUCUCUGGUCAAGUCUGCUAUUACCAAGAGCCAAUCUCGAGCCCCUCUUCAAUCUCUCAUUCGUCAAGUCCUCAGUGUCUUCCAACCAGGCAACUUCACUGUCACCUUGUUUUCUUCUCACCCCAGAAACAACAAGCCCAGUCCAUUGAUCCACCGUGACGGACUUCGUAUUCAUGAUGAAGAUGAUAGAUUCGACGGUAUGACCAUGGAAAACGGCCAUAAGGAUGAUGGUCAUUACCAUCAUAGUCACAGCAAGAUGGUUCACUCCUUGGCUAACGUCGAUGGCUACAAGAGAACCGACCGAAUUCUCUACACUUUUGAGGGAUAUGAUUUGGUGUAUGGCCACUAUGAGCAACUCGCUUAACGCACCGUUGUCAUUGUUUUGAGGGCGACAAAAUGCUGCUAUUUUCUUUUCAUUCAGUACACCCUUUUUCGAUUAUUUUUUUUUUAGCCGUCGGUGUUUGGCAGAGUUUGAAUUCCCCUUUUUUCUAUUAUUACCUUUUUUUUUUAUCUUGAUGUCUUUGGCCGAUGAAUGGCAUGACUCUGCUCGAUGAACCAUGCAGCAUCAACAACUCUCGUUUUUUCUGAUAAUUGGGUGAUACCAUCAGCUCCGCUCAUUAGCUCCGAGCCGUUAAUUCCAUUGCAGACGACGCCAUUAAUGU